AUGACAACCCCAGCAUCUGGUGAGCCUCUGAAGAUCGACUCUAUGGUCGGAGGAGCAGACCCCCCUGUUUUCAUCGAAGAGGCUACAUUGGCCUACUGUGUCGGGAAGGUCCUGUGCGUGUGGGACACUGACACCGACGAAUGCAAGUAUUGUCGUAUGCCACUGGAGCAGGAGGGCUCACAGCAGCUCUACAGCUCUGGCCAGGGACAGUUGGUCCUGUCCACUGAGGCCUGUGAUGGCGCUGUCAAGGUCUUGAUCUAUCCGGUAGAAGCUGAGGGUCUCGGCAUAGCAACCGAAAUCACGGUACCGGUCGGUGAGAGUUGCAAGGGCCCUGCUGCUGUGGCAAUGUCCCCAUGCUGUACGAGGGUCUUCGUGAUGGUCGGCGGUCCAGAAGAGCAGUACUUGGCAGUCUAUGGUACUGAUACCUGCAAGGCCCUUCCUGGUCUUGAGUGGGUCCAGCUACCCUCUGCAUACCCGACGCAGAGGUUCUCACGACUGCUGCCAUUCCCCGAGCACAAGGACCUUCUGGCUGUUGUAGGGGAACAGGAAGUACUCAUCGUCUCGUUCGAGAAAAUAUACCAAACCUUUCUAGUAAGCCAGUAUGCAAGCGACACUGUGUCUGCUAUUGUGGCCGCCCAUCAAGGAAGCAUAGCAUGGACCCUGUCAGCUGCUACCUGGUGCUCCUCAGGCCAUCUGCUAGUGGCCACGUCGACGGGCCUUUUGCUGUGCCUUUCCAUCGAGCAGUCCAAGGCACCGCCGACCAAAGAAGAACGUCAACGGCUCAUAGGAAGGUAUGAGCAGCUCAUCUCGGUGCACUCCGUCACUGACAUGGCGGACCUCGGCCCCAUACGGCAUAUGUUCUUCCGUGGGCAUGAGACUCUAAUCACUGUCCACAUGAAACGCCGAGUCAGCUCAUGGGCCUUCGACAAGGGCCACAUAUCUGAGCCGAUCAGUGCCGACCACUUUGAGAUACAGGCCAUUUCGCACUAUAAGGGGACCUCUCUGGGUGAUCCGCUGGUGCUGGUGAAGUCAUUUGUUUUGUCGGAGCUCACCGAGGAGCAGCAGGGUCAAUUGAAAUGGGCCGUGUCGUCGCCCCAAGGGCAGACACUUUGGGUUUGCACCCAGGGUGGUCACCUCUGGUCCGCUAAUAUGACAACCGAGGAAGUCGACACGUUAAAGGACUGUACCGACAGUGGCGCCCUAGAGGUGGGGGAUCAGGCCUGUCCGCUUCCCUUGGCUUACCAGGGUUCUACUUUUUGCGGGGCUCUAGACUGUAUCACUGAUAUAAAGGUCCUGUGUGGCCACACAGAGAGCCCUACCUUUCUUGUUGCGACUUCCAGUGGGGCUGUUCGCGUCGUUGGGCCUAGUCCUAGUGAGCUCGAUGAUCUGCCACGGACUAUGUAUCUCCAAACCAGUCACGCGCCCAUAAAUUGUCUUGCUGUGUCGGCAACCUGUCGUUUGGUAGUGGCAGGGAGCGAAAAUGGCGUUGUCCAGACCGUGGACCUCGGCGGUGGCACUUCAGCGGUCCUGAGUGCCUCUAGAGGCCUCGAGAGCUCCGCUGUCAAACUUAGUCAGGAGGCGCCAGUGGUCGAUGUGGGCCUUACGAAGUUGCCAUGUGGCCGAGAAGUGUGUUAUGCCCGACUUGGUAAUGGCGACGUAUUCCUCCUCACUGUUCGCGAGAAGACCGGCCUCCUUACUGUAGUCUCCCACCUCAACCGUAUCGAAGUCUUUGCCGCCGCCCUAGGGGGCCGGGAGGUAUCGGCAGCCUGUUGGUGUGAUCACAGACUGGCCCUCGCGGUAACUGGUGAUCAUGGUACAGCGGUUCUCACAGUCUCAUUCACGAUCGAUAGGAUGAUGGAUGGUCUCCUCGACCCGAGUGGGAUUACAGUGGCAACGCAUCAGCUUCCUAGUGCGUCCAAGGUCAGGGCCAUGGUCUCUUGUAACCUGGGUCUAAUCGCUAGUAACGUCGUCGGGGAAGUAGCCCUGUAUUCCCUACCCUCGGAGCUGUCCUCCAACCUCGGUGAGCUCCCUCUAGUGAGGGUACUAUAUCAUGGCGAUAGGCCUAUCAGUAGGCUGUCCAUGGACGGCGACAAGGGCGUUUUCGUGGUAGCAGCAACCUCUGAUGGUUCCGUUCACGUCCUCUCCCUCGCUAACGGCCACACCUCUACUGUGGAGGAUCUUCAUAUCAAACGCGGUGGGGUCACGGCAGUUGCUGUUUCUGGUCCAAGGGUUGCAUCCGGUCGAGGAAGGUUUGGGAUGGCCCUUUGGCACCUACCCGAAAAGCCUGGGACCACAGUUUCCUCCUCCGUUUGCUUCACGAAGAUGGCGAUGGUCCCAAGGGACGCAUCACCGACAGGAGUGCAGCAGGCUGGAGUCGUGAACGAUGAUGAGCUGGAGGUGUGGAGCAUUGGGGGCCAUGGGAGGCGAAUGGAGGAGGCCGUUGCGGUCCGAAGGAGCUUGGACGGUCGAGAGGCCCAGCGGGUCCAACUAGUUCACGAGGUACAGGCUAAGAUGGCUCAGCUGCGGGAGAGGUUGAAGUCGAUCGUCGAAAAAAAUCAAUCCGGGCCGGAGGAGGAAAGACUUCAAAGGGACGAAUUUUGUGUUGACUUCGAGGCGCGUGAGGAGGUAGCUCUGGAAUGCGAACGCAAGUCACAUGAGCUGAGGGAAAAAUUAAAGGAGGAGAUAGCGGCCAGGGCGAUCUUUCGAGAGAAACUUGUGAAGGAGUUCUGGGAGCCGAUGGAAGUGCACAUGGCCCAGUUACACUGCAUUGAGGAGGGCAAGGCUCUGAGGGUGGCCAACUACCCCUUCCGCUCAUCCACGUCUGCACCGGACAGCGGCAAUCCUCUGCUGAGGAAGCUUCGGGUCCUUCGGGACGUCCAGGCUCGGGAGUCGAUUUGGCUCGCUGGAUGUUCACUCCUCGUCGAGGAAGAUGCCCUCAACCCCAUCCGCGUGUGUAGCGGCCAGGAGGACUACCUCGUCAACUGGGGGAAGUGCCGCUGGGAGCGUCCACAGCCCCCCUCCGGUACUGCGGAGUCCACUGGGGCAGUUGAAGAGACCAGGAAGCCAACAGAUUCACAAGGCGUGAUGGAGAAGACAGCGAGCUCAGCCGGCGGGUCUCUCUCUAAGGACCCUGGCCUUGCCCUUCCCUGCUUCCCGGCCUUGAAUACAACCUGUGUUGAUUUCCUAUAUCACCCGAUGGAGGUCGUCAGCAGUCCACGCAAGAGGAUACAGGCCAGUCUGCUAGAGGAGGUGUCCAUGGAAUACAAGAGGGCCUUCAAUAAGGCAUUCGAAGAAGUGAAGGACAAAAGGGCUAAAGCGGUCGAGCACAUAUCGGAACAAGUUCACCGCAUUGACGCCAUCCUCAAGGAGCUGAAGUCGGAUGAGGACCCUCCGAUGGAUCCCGCAGCUCGGCACCUCGAGACCGAUGAGAACCCCGAGUCUGUCCUCGAGGUCCUGGACAGGGAAAUUCGUGCUGAGAAGUGGAUCAGCAAGGAGGAGCGCGCGAGACUGGUGGGCAUGGUCUGGGGUGAAGUGCCGCAAGGUUUUGGUGGCCCUCAACAGGAUGCUGAGGCCGCCGCGGAGGCUGAACGCCUUCGGAAGCUGCAGGAGGACGAUGGUGGUCGGCAGAAGGCGCUGAUUACUAUGAUGGGAGGCACGCUGAGGACCAAGAAGGACCUCAGCCCGCUAGAGAUCCGACUGGAGAGGGAGGAGUGGAUGGACACAGUACCAGAAGAAGAGAUGGAUGAGGACCAAAAGGCCGCAUUCACCGAGCAACUCGCCAGAGAGAAGACUCUAGCUGAGGAGCAAGAGGCUUAUCGGACGAGACUGGCAGAGGAGCUCGGUCAGCUGAAAGCUGAGAUUAAAAAGGAGGUGGCUGCCUUUGAUGAUGGCCUUCUGAAGAAGCUCUAUCGGGCUAGGGUAGAGACCGACUUGAAGAUCCACACCCAGGAGCUCCUGGUCCUCCAGAAUAGGUUAGCGUUACGGCAGUCUGUGGAGGACAAAUCAGCAGUGGAGAAGCUCAACUUGAAAAUCGCCGAAGUCCGGAAAAAGGUCGCUGAAUGCCGAGCUGAGUUUGAUGAUUUCAGCCUGGUGGUUCGUGAGCUUGAACGGGAGGCGGAUGAGAUCGUCAGACAGGAGCGGGACUGUGUGUCCUCAUUCAAGCAACAGUUCUCCACAGCCAAGACGGGCAUCGACACUGAAGCCUUCAACCAGCUCUUGGUGCUCUUCCGGACGACACUACCUGGUGAGGACGGCAGUAAAGAUGGUAGUAACAGGAAAGCCCACGGAAGGGCCCAUAUGUCCCACAAUCUAUUCACUCGGCAACCCUCUCGCGUACUGGCCGGCAGUGUACCAGCGGUCAGUGAAGCAUCAUCCUCCUACUACUACGUGGAUACUAUGGACGACUAUGAACUCCAAACGCCAAGCAUCGACGAUAUUGCUACUUUCAAGUAUGCAGAGGAUUGCCCAGAGGAGAUCGAGGAGGAGCUCUUCGAUCGUGCUAUUAAACUUCGCCAGGAAAGGCAUGAGACGUUUCCAUUGUUUCCUUCGAGGGUCGAUCUGUUACGUAGAUGCCGACUGGACCUCGACGUACGGCGGAUGAAUGCCUUGAUCGAUAUUGCCAAUAGGCGUCUGUGGCACCACCGACAACGAUGGGAGAAAGCUCUCUCGGAUGAGAAGGCUCUUUUGGAGCAGCUGGAGUGCCGCAAGAGGGGCAUGCUCGAGGAGAAGUUUGACGCUGCGGUUAUUAUGAUGAUCAAACAGGGACUGAUCAACAUGCCAGAGGGUCCGGUUGUUACGGAUUGCACCGAUGCUAUUAUUGUACCAGCGGAGGAGACGAUUGAAACACGCAACAGGCACAUCAUGACACUUGCUGAGGAGAAGUUGGCAGUUUUGCAUAAAAUUAAGGAAUUCCGGAAGAAACUGAAGCAAGUGGAAUGGGAACAAGCGGUGCUCAAGUUGGAGAAAGAGGACCUCGAGGAGCACUCCAGAGACAUUCAAAUGAUGCGGGUUACCAAGGACCUCAGGACAGCUCUCUCGGAAUCGAACAAGAAGCCGAGCGAAAGGCAGGGAGGAAAGGAAGUGGAGAUCGCCAUGAGGAAACUUAUAGAAAGAAUUGAGAAGAGUGGUAUGGAUAAGGAAGCAGCACUGGCUAAGGAGUUGGAGCUCGCGAAGAAGAGAAGUGAGGCGAGGCGUAGGGAAAAUGCGAAAUUCGAACGGAAGCUUGACGAUCUUCGUGAAGUAGUAGCAGAACGCGAGGAGAUCAGAGAUCUCGGAGACUCGCGCAACAGCGAGAGUGCUGAAAGCAGUACAGUGUAUCGCCCUGGAGAGAAGCGCAUCCCCAUUGGAGGUGGAGGCCGUAUCGAGGAGAAUUAUAGAGAGAUUAAAGAAGCCCAUGCUCGAUUUGCCGAGAGUAGAGUCCACCGGGAGCAAAUGGACAUGGCACGCAUCCAAGCGAGAGAAAUACAGAAGUUGCGAGCUGUCCUCGACGACUACCACCAAAGAACAUUCCCGACUUUCGUCCAUGUGCAUCAGCCGAAGGAAGCUUCCAACGGCCAGUAA